AAGUAAUAGUCUCUAAAGAUUUGUGAAAUAUAUAGAUAUAUGGUUCUAUAGAUCAUUUUGCGAAAUGGAGGCCACAAACACAUCAGAUCUAGAAGUUCCAGGCAUUAUCGAAGGGCGUGCGGUCCAGGCAAUAUUCACAUCUUUGUACACAGCUAUUUUGGUUUUAGGACUAUUUGGAAAUGUGCUGGUUUGUUUUGUUGUUGUGCGAAAUAAUGCCAUGCACACAGUCACCAAUGUCUUCAUAAUGAAUUUGGCCUUGUCCGAUAUCCUUCUCUGCGUCCUGGCAGUACCUUUUACUCCAAUCUACACAUUUCUGGGCAGAUGGGAAUUUGGCAGUGUGAUGUGCCAUGCAGUAUCUUAUGCUCAAUGUUGCAGCGUUUAUAUAUCAACUUUAACAUUAACAUCGAUAGCUUUGGAUCGAUAUUUUGUGAUAAUUUAUCCUUUUUAUCCAAGGAUGCCUAUGAGGACUUGUGUGGCAAUUAUUCUAAGUAUAUGGUUGUUUUCCGCAGCAGUAACUGUACCUUACGGAUACUACAUGGAAUUAUUAGUAAAUAAUGUUACCGGUAUAGAACUAUGUGAAGAACGUUGGCCUUCCGAGCAGUUCCGAACGAUAUUUGGUUCAGUCACUGCCUCUAUGCAAUUUUUAAUACCUUUCAUAGUAAUAGCUUUUUGUUACAUUAGAGUCAGCAUCAGACUAAAUCAGAGAACGAAAGCUAGACCAGGAACAGCUAAUUCUAGGAAAGAAGAAUUCAAACGAGAGAGAAAACGUCGAACCAAUCGCAUGCUUAUUGCGAUGGUUACCAUUUUUGGGAUUUCCUGGUUACCCCUGAACUUGAUCAACAUGACGAAUGAUUUUUUCAUUGAUACAGUUCAGUGGAAGUAUUACCAUCUUAGCUUUUUUAUGGCACAUUCUCUAGCCAUGUCUUCAACGUGUUAUAAUCCAUUCUUAUAUGCGUGGCUGAAUGAGCAUUUUAGAAAAGAAUUCAAGUUGCUUCUUCCUUGCUUUGAUCGGCAAUCCAGAGAGGCUGCGAGGCAGGAGCAAUGGCGAUCAGAACGCACUUGCAAUGGAAACAAUGAAACUUUGCAGGAGACCCUGCUGCCGUCCAGUGUCCAUCGGCCGUCCGCUACGAAGCAGGAGGCGGUCGGGGCGUUGGCCAACUCGAAGCAAACUGGCGCGACCACAAUCGACCGCGAGGACGAGACGGAGGAGAUGGGGAGGGUUGUGGACACGAAGGUAACGCUGCAGUUGGUCCAGACCGAUGGGAAUGUCGUCAAAAAUAAUGGUGACUCCAGAGGACAGCAUAAUAACAGCAGCUGGGGUACAUGA